AAUAAUUUUCUUAUGACCGGUCCUAAGGCGUAUCUGAUUUACUCCAGCAGUGUAGCAGCGGGGGCUCAGAGCGGCAUUGAGGAAUGCAAACACCAGUUCGCCUGGGAUCGCUGGAACUGCCCGGAGCGGGCGCUACAGCUGUCCACGCACAGCGGUCUGAGGAGCGCAAACCGAGAGGCUGCCUUCGUUCACGCCAUUAGCUCUGCAGGGGUGAUGUACACAUUAACCAGAAACUGCAGCCUCGGGGAUUUCGAUAACUGUGGAUGUGACGACUCUCGGAAUGGGCAGCUGGGGGGACGGGGCUGGUUAUGGGGAGGAUGCAGCGAUAACGUUGGCUUUGGGGAGACCAUUUCCAAACAGUUUGUGGAUGCGUUGGAGACCGGACAAGAUGCGAGAGCAGCCAUGAACCUGCACAACAACGAGGCGGGUAGAAAGGCAGUUAAAGGCACAAUGAAACAGACCUGUAAGUGCCAUGGUGUGUCUGGGAGCUGCACUACACAGACCUGCUGGCUUCAACUCCCUGAAUUCCGAGAGGUGGGGAAUUACUUGAAGGAGAAGUAUCACAAAGCCCUGAAAGUUGACCUUCUUAAAGGGGCAGGCAACAGUGCAGCCAGCAGAGGAGCGAUUGCUGAAACCUUCAGUGCCAUUUCCAAGAAGGAGCUGGUCCACCUAGAGGAUUCCCCGGAUUACUGCCUGGAAAACAAGACCCUCGGUCUACAGGGGACAGAAGGAAGGGAGUGUGUCAAAAAGGGUAAACACCUGAGCAAAUGGGAGAAGCGGAGCUGCAAGAGGCUGUGUGGGGAUUGUGGGCUGGCAGUGGUGGAGAGACGAGCGCAGAUGAUGAGCAGUUGUAACUGCAAAUUCCACUGGUGCUGUGCGGUGAAGUGUGAACAGUGCCGGAAAACCAUCACCAAAUAUUUCUGUGUGAAGAAGGACAAGAAGUCCAGGAAUGAGAGUGCCUCAAAGAGGAAGGAAGCGCGGCCUGCCAGGAGACACUAA